UUUUUCCUCCACCUUUGCUACACUCAGGUCGCCACAUUGCUCUAUCAUGCCUUCAUCUCAAACUUCGGAUCACAGUCAAACGGUCGCAGGCGAGGAAGCCGUUGCAGCCUGGUUGGAUUCCCUCCCUGAGUCCGACACGCACCUGAUCUACUCAACGUCUUCUACGACAAAGGAUUUUAUCGCGAAGCAGUUCGUCUCAGAGGCUCACGGUUUCAUAGGGCUAAUGAUAACAAUUGUUCGGACGUGGAUGGUAGCGGAUAGCAACUGCAGCGGUCCGCCAAAGGAGCUAGUUGACGCACUCCAUUUAACAGACACAGGAAGGCCGUUGAGGGAGGACGCCGUUUUCCUGUUCGGCAAACAUCCUCUACCACGGUUCCUUCUACUUGCGUGUGUACCGGAAUCGGAGCUCAACAGGCUAGAUGCUUUGUUACACGCUGGUUUCCAGCAAGAGUACAUCGGAGGGGCAUUGACGCGGUUCAUGACUGCCUUCGAGUUAUGCAAGGCGGACUACAAACCGCAGAGACACUACGGCCGCGUCAUUCCCAUCGUGCAAUCUAGCGGUUCUGGUAAAUCACGUCUGGUCAAGGAGCUUUCAAAGACACAUCCUCUCGUCAGUGUGUGCUUCCGAGACGAUGCUAAGCCCACGUCUGGGUGGCCUCCAGGUGAUGUACCUCCACAGGAGUUCUUCGCGCUGCAUGCCCGGACGAAACACUAUAAGGGCGAAGAACAGGCCGCUGCUUUCUUGGGUGCGCUGAUGGAGGUCAUCUCCGAGACGAUAGAUAUUUCCAAGAAAGAUAUACUGGCCGACUGGGAUCAUCCUGCACCUGGGGAGGAAGAACAAAGCUCUAGGAGACGACUUCUACAACUAGCCAUGGCUCGCGCCACCACCGUUCUAUCAACCCACACGUCUUGGCUAGAGUCGGAGCGCGAGUGGAUAACGCGCCUCAAAGAAAUGAGUUCCCGCACCUCUACGUCCCCAAAGAAAAUAGAUUUCCCUCUCACUACGUCUGUCGACUGGCACAAGAUACUCUUCCAGAAGUUCUGCACCAAGGGCUUCAAUGAUCUCAACGACAAGCUGGUGGCACUCGGACACGAUACUUUCUUCCUCACUUUGGAUGAAUGCGCUGCACUCGGCGAAACGACGGAGCCUGUUGACAUAGAUCCCUUGUCGCACAUUACUCUCAUCGCCAUGCAUAGGAUCCUCAAAGCAGCAGACACUCUGAACACCAAGGUUCAGUUUUGGUUUCUUCUCCUCGAUACGGACCCCAGUAGGUAUCUUCGCGAGCCAUCGGGACCACGGAACUCGUCCAGCCGCUUGGUUAGGCCAUUGUUGCCCCUCCCUCCGUUCGUGUAUCUUGGCUUUAAUCAGAUGGCGCAUGGAAUCAAGAUCAGAACGGCACGAGAAGCGCUCAGUAUCAAACAUCUUCAACGAUUCGGGAGACCAUAUUGGUCUACGUUACCCCCUUCCAUGGUAGUCCAAUCCGCGACCGAGAAGUUAUUCUGUGUAUCGAAAUACAGUCCUGUCAAGUUCUAUGCUGGAUAUGAAGAUCAUGCCUUUGCGGCAUUCGCUUCGCGCGCUGCCCUCGAGCUAUGUAACAAUGAGGCAGGAACACGUCUCGCAGCCGAAGACGUUAACCAUCACAUGCGGGUCGUGACUGCUAUCGUUGGCGAUAAAGUGGAGACCAAGGCCCCAUCGGAGCCCGCUCUCGCCCUUGCCGCAGCUACCGCGUUGACGGCUAACGAGGAGGUAUACAACACGGCGUUGAACACUCUGCUCAAUUUGAUCCUUAAAGACCUUAUUCACAAUCGCGGAGAUCAGGGCGAGCUCUGCAGUCGCCUGCUCUUCAUCCUUUCCCGAGAUCAGGCUGCCCUCUCAGUUCACGGAAAGUUCAUGGACGAACACAAGACCCACGUGCAUGCAGUCACACUCGCAGCUAUACUCGAGACGCUGCUCGGUCCACAGUAUGGUUGCCCUGACCCUAUGUCCCCGUUACUCCCCAAAAUCCGAACAUUCUGCCGCGCGCGGUUCGUCCAUUGGACGCAUUUCCAUACCCUGACGAGGACACUCGACGAGAUACCGGUUGAUCUGCUCGAGUGGGCGUGGUUCGUCGGCGCUGCUAUUCAGUGCGCGCAUAAUCAGCCCGUCAUCGACGGGUUCAUGGUUCAUUACUUCGGCGACCUCGACAAGCCAUACGAUCGGGAACGUCUAGGUAUCGUCGCCUGGCAGACUAAGGCAAAGGAGGAGAGCGCUGCGCACGAACUCGGGUCACUUCUCACCGUUCCGCCAAUCGUGUAUAAAGACGAGAAUGGUAUCGCGCGACGUGUCAAGGACGAGACGAUCGUAAUACUCAUGGACUUCCGUACUGAGAUCGGUGAGAGCGGAUCGGGGACCCAGCUAUUGCAUCGUCCAGCCGCCACUCCGUACGACGCACCGAACUUGAACAAGACACAAAAGGACAGGAUUUGGAACGGAUAUUGCGAUCCAGCGCGUGGAGAGAAAGAGCCGAAGAACUUCUUCGUUCAUAUUCGCGGUCGGGAACGGGAGCAGUACCCCGUUUUGAGGGAUUACAGCCGGCCGCUCCGCGACCUCUUUAUCAGUAGCCUGUUCGGAAGUCUGCCCGUGGGAUUGCAGUUAUUAGAGCAAAAGAUGGAUAGGCUGAUGAACCAGUUCGAGUAUUCCGGCGAGGACGAUUGAAAAGACUUUUGGGGUAUCCAGCUCUGAGAGCAAUGGUCGAUACUCUCUUUUCGCACCGCGUCGGUGAGCUGAACGAUACUAGAUAGAAAGAG